AGCAAUAUAUUCUCUCCAAUGCAUAUUUAAAACCUUCACUUCAGCCUUCUAAUGGAAGCCAAAACACUCUCUGAUCCACAAAAAAUGGCAGCCAUUGAACCUUCACCCAACAACAUUUUCUCCUCCAACUAUCUUCACUCUCUCUCCCAAACACCUCACCGGCUCAGGAAGCGAAUGUUAGCUACAUGGACACCAGACCAAGAGCUCAACCAAGUUAGGCUAAGGUCUGGUGCAGACAUGAAGAGAAAACUCAAGUGGUAUGAUUUGGUAGCUCUUGGUGUGGGAGGAAUGCUUGGUGUUGGAGUUUUUGUCACCACCGGUCAUGUGGCUCGCAGUGUCUCAGGUCCUUCUGUUUUCAUAUCUUACAUCAUUGCCGGCGUAUCAGCUCUCCUUUCUUCUUUGUGCUACACUGAAUUCUCCAUUGCGAUUCCUGUUGCCGGUGGUGCUUUUAGUUAUCUAAGAGUGACUUUUGGGGAAUUUGUGGGUUAUUUUGCUGGGGCAAACAUACUAUUGGAAUAUGUAUUGUCCAAUGCCGCGGUGGCAAGAAGUUUCACAGACUAUCUGUCCUGUGCCUUUGGAGUGAAUGAUCCAAACUCAUGGAGAGUUGAAGUGGAUGGAUUUCUAAAGGGUUACAAUAUGUUGGAUUUCCCAGCUGUUGCUCUUAUUGCUCUUCUCACUCUCUGUCUUUGUCAUAGUACCAAGGAAAGCUCCAUGUUGAACCUCAUAAUGACAGUCUUUCAUGUAGUUUUCUUUGGGUUUAUUAUAAUUGCCGGUUUCUUCAAUGGGAGUACUGAGAACUUGGUAAAGCCAGGAGGGUUAGCUCCUUUCGGUGUUAGGGGUGUUUUUGAUGGUGCAGCUGUAGUUUACUUCAGCUAUAUAGGAUAUGACUCGGUUUCAACCAUGGCAGAAGAGAUCCAAAACCCUUCAACGAGCCUCCCGGUGGGCAUCAUCGGUUCUGUUAUCACUGUCUCUGCACUUUACUGCCUCAUGGCUUUGUCUUUGUGUAUGAUGGUUCCUUAUAACGAGAUUUUGGAUGCAUCAUUCUCUAUGGCUUUCCAAAAGAUGGGUUGGAGAUGGGCAAGCAAUGUAGUCGGGGUCGGGGCAAGCCUGGGAAUUGUGGCUUCUCUUCUGGUUGCCAUGCUAGGACAAGCUAGGUAUCUGUGUGUUAUUGGAAGGGCCAAGCUUGUGCCAUCUUGGUUUGCCAAAGUGCAUCCUUCAACAGGCACCCCAUUCAAUGCAACUCUUUUCUUAGGGGUUUGCACAGCAUCAAUUGCUCUCUUCACCGAGCUGGAGAUAGUGAUGGACAUGAUCUCCCUCGGCACACUCCUCGUCUUCUACCUUGUCGCCAAUGCUCUUCUCUACCACCGCUAUGUCAUCGCCACCAACAACCCUCCAUUGUACACUCUCCUCUUCCUCUUCCUCCUCUCCUCCGCCUCCGUUGGCUUCUCCUUAUCAUGGAAGCUCAACCAACACCAAUGGUGGUGGUGCCUCCUAAUAUUCGGCGGCUUUGCAAUCAUCAGCACCGCCUUCGUCCACUACACCACCACCGCCACCACCACCACCACCACCACCAGGUGGUGUGUGCCUUUCAUGCCUUGGCCAGCAGCCAUAUCAAUCUUCCUAAAUGUUUUUUUGAUGACUACAUUGAAGAGGUUGGCUUUCCAAAGGUUUGGAGUGUGGGCUUGCUUGAUUACCUUGUUUUAUAUACUAUAUGGUGUUCAUUCAACAUAUCAAGCUGAGGAAGUGGAUAGGGUGGGUGUUGAUGGUGGUGAUGGUGUGAACCCAAAUCCACAAUCUAAGCUUGAUAUCCAAAUGCUUUAAUGGAAAGAAGUUUCCUUUUGUCCUUUUCAAUCCUUUUUCUGCAUCAAUUUUCAUUUUUCUUGAUAGCAAUGCCGGCGCACUUAGAAAAGUAU